CUGCAAACAACCAAGGCCAGUCCACCCUGCAGCCUCUGCCGCCUUCCCAUAAGCAACACUCCGCACAGCAUCACCCAUCCAUCACUUCUCUCAAUAGAAACUCCCUGACCAAUAGGAGGAACCAGAGUCCGGCCCCGCCGGCUGCUUUGCCCGCCGAGCUGCAAACCACACCCGAGUCCGUCCAGCUGCAGGACAGCUGGGUCCUUGGCAGUAAUGUACCACUGGAAAGCAGGCAUUUCCUAUUCAAAACAGGAACAGGGACAACGCCACUGUUCAGUACUGCAACCCCAGGAUACACAAUGGCAUCUGGCUCUGUUUACUCGCCACCUACUCGGCCACUACCUAGAAACACCCUAUCAAGAAGUGCUUUUAAAUUCAAGAAGUCUUCAAAGUACUGUAGCUGGAAAUGCACCGCCCUGUGUGCUGUAGGGGUCUCAGUGCUCCUGGCAAUACUUCUGUCGUAUUUUAUAGCAAUGCAUCUCUUUGGCCUCAACUGGCAGUUACAGCAGACUGAAAAUGACACAUUUGAGAAUGGAAAAGUGAAUUCCGAUACCAUGCCAACGAACACUGUAUCGUUACCUUCUGGUGACAAUGGAAAAUUGGGUGGAUUUACACAAGAAAAUAACACCAUAGAUUCCGGAGAACUUGAUAUUGGCCGAAGAGCAAUUCAAGAGGUUCCUCCCGGGAUCUUCUGGAGAUCACAGCUCUUUAUUGAUCAGCCACAGUUUCUUAAAUUCAAUAUCUCUCUUCAGAAAGAUGCGCUGAUUGGAGUAUAUGGCCGAAAAGGCUUACCACCUUCCCAUACUCAGUACGACUUUGUGGAACUGCUGGAUGGCAGCAGGCUGAUUGCACGAGAGCAACGGAACCUGCUUGAGUCCGAAAGAGCCGGGCGACAGGCGAGGUCCAUCAGUCUCCACGAGGCCGGCUUUAUCCAGUACUUGGAUUCUGGAAUCUGGCAUCUGGCUUUUUAUAAUGAUGGGAAAAGUGCAGAGCAGGUGUCGUUCAAUACCAUUGUGAUAGAGUCUGUGGUGGAAUGCCCCCGGAAUUGCCAUGGAAAUGGAGAGUGUGUUUCUGGAACUUGCCAUUGUUUUCCAGGAUUUCUAGGUCCGGAUUGUUCAAGAGCAGCCUGUCCAGUGCUGUGUAGUGGCAACGGCCAGUACUCCAAGGGCCGCUGCCUCUGUUUCAGUGGCUGGAAGGGCACCGAGUGUGAUGUACCAAAUACGCAGUGUAUCGACCCGCAGUGCGGGGGUCGUGGGAUUUGCAUCGUGGGCUCUUGUGUUUGCAACUCUGGAUACAAAGGAGAGAACUGUGAAGAAGCUGAUUGUCUAGACCCUGGAUGUUCUAAUCAUGGUGUGUGUAUCCAUGGGGAAUGUCACUGCAAUCCAGGAUGGGGUGGUAACAAUUGUGAAAUACUCAAGACCAUGUGUCCAGACCAGUGCUCUGGUCAUGGAACAUAUCUUCAAGAAAGGGGCUCCUGCACUUGUGACCCUAAUUGGACUGGCCCAGACUGCUCAAAUGAGAUCUGUUCCGCGGACUGCGGCUCGCACGGCGUCUGCAUGGGGGGCGCCUGCCGCUGUGAAGAAGGCUGGACGGGCCCAGCGUGCAGUCAGAGAGCCUGCCACCCGCGCUGCGCCGAGCACGGCACCUGCAGGGACGGCAAGUGUGAAUGCAGCCAGGGCUGGAACGGCGAGCACUGCACCAUCGCUCACUAUUUGGAUAAGAUAGUUAAAGACAAGAUAGGAUAUAAAGAGGGGUGCCCCGGUCUGUGCAACAGCAAUGGAAGAUGCACACUGGACCAAAACGGCUGGCAUUGUGUUUGCCAGCCAGGGUGGAGGGGAGCAGGGUGUGACGUGGCCAUGGAGACCCUCUGCACAGAUAGCAAGGACAAUGAGGGAGAUGGACUCAUUGACUGCAUGGAUCCUGACUGCUGUUUACAGAGUUCCUGCCAAAAUCAGCCCUACUGUCGCGGAUUACCUGAUCCCCAGGAUAUCAUUAGCCAAAGCUUACAAUCACCAUCUCAGCAAGCUGCCAAACCCUUCUAUGACCGAAUCAGUUUUCUCAUAGGAUCUGAUAGCACCCAUGUCAUACCCGGAGACAGUCCUUUCAAUAAGAGCCUUGCAUCCGUCAUCAGAGGCCAAGUACUAACUGCUGAUGGAACGCCACUUAUUGGAGUGAAUGUCUCAUUUUUCCAUUACCCAGAAUAUGGAUAUACUAUUACCCGCCAGGAUGGAAUGUUUGACUUGGUGGCGAAUGGCGGGGCUUCUCUAACUUUGGUAUUUGAACGAUCCCCGUUCCUCACUCAGUAUCAUACUGUGUGGAUUCCAUGGAAUGUCUUUUAUGUGAUGGAUACCCUAGUCAUGAAGAAAGAGGAGAAUGACAUUCCCAGCUGUGAUCUAAGUGGCUUCGUGAGGCCGAAUCCUAUCAUUGUGUCGUCACCUUUAUCCACCUUUUUUAGAUCUUCUCCUGAAGACAGUCCCAUUAUUCCCGAGACACAGGUACUCCAUGAAGAAACCACAAUUCCAGGAACAGAUUUGAAACUUUCCUACCUGAGUUCCAGAGCUGCCGGAUAUAAGUCAGUACUUAAGAUCACCAUGACCCAGUCCGUUAUCCCAUUUAAUUUAAUGAAGGUUCAUCUGAUGGUAGCUGUAGUAGGAAGACUCUUUCAAAAGUGGUUUCCUGCCUCACCGAACUUGGCCUAUACUUUUAUAUGGGAUAAAACAGAUGCUUAUAAUCAAAAGGUCUAUGGUCUAUCUGAAGCUGUUGUGUCGGUUGGGUAUGAAUAUGAGUCGUGUCUGGACCUGACUUUGUGGGAGAAAAGGACCGCCAUAUUGCAAGGCUACGAAUUAGAUGCUUCCAACAUGGGCGGUUGGACAUUAAAUAAACAUCACGUAUUGGACGUUCAGAAUGGUAUACUGUACAAGGGAAACGGAGAAAACCAGUUUAUCUCCCAGCAGCCUCCUGUCGUCAGCAGCAUCAUGGGCAACGGCCGGAGGCGCAGCAUCUCGUGCCCAAGCUGCAAUGGUCCAGCUGACGGGAAUAAACUCUUGGCCCCAGUGGCGUUAGCCUGUGGGAUCGACGGCAGCCUGUACGUGGGGGACUUCAACUACGUGCGGCGGAUGCUCCCUUCCGGGAACGUGACGAGCGUCUUGGAACUGAGCAGCAGCCCAGCUCAUAGAUACUACCUUGCAACUGAUCCAGUCUCAGGGGAUUUGUAUGUUUCUGACACUAACACUCGCAGGAUUUAUCGCCCGAAGUCACUCACGGGUGCAAAAGACUUGACUAAAAAUGCUGAAGUGGUUGCAGGGACAGGAGAACAGUGCCUUCCUUUUGAUGAAGCCAGAUGUGGGGAUGGAGGGAAGGCUGUGGAAGCCACACUCAUGAGUCCCAAAGGAAUGGCGAUUGAUAAAAAUGGAUUAAUCUACUUUGUUGAUGGAACCAUGAUCAGAAAAGUUGAUCAGAAUGGAAUCAUAUCAACUCUCCUAGGCUCUAACGAUCUGACUUCAGCCAGACCUUUAACUUGUGACACGAGCAUGCACAUCAGCCAGGUACGUCUGGAAUGGCCCACUGACCUAGCCAUUAACCCUAUGGAUAACUCCAUUUAUGUCCUGGAUAAUAAUGUAGUUUUACAGAUCACUGAAAAUCGUCAAGUGCGCAUUGCUGCUGGGCGGCCCAUGCAUUGCCAGGUGCCAGGAGUGGAAUAUUCUGUGGGCAAGCACGCAGUUCAGACGACCCUGGAGUCGGCUACUGCCAUUGCUGUGUCCUACAGUGGGGUCCUGUACAUCACUGAAACCGACGAAAAGAAAAUUAACCGGAUAAGGCAAGUCACCACAGAUGGGGAGAUCUCCCUGGUUGCUGGGAUACCGUCAGAGUGUGACUGCAAAAACGAUGCCAAUUGUGACUGCUACCAGAGCGGAGAUGGCUAUGCCAAAGAUGCCAAACUGAGCGCUCCGUCCUCCCUUGCCGCCUCUCCGGAUGGUACCCUGUACAUUGCAGACCUAGGAAACAUUCGGAUCCGGGCUGUGUCAAAGAACAAGCCUUUACUUAACUCUAUGAACUUCUAUGAAGUUGCCUCUCCAACUGAUCAAGAACUCUAUAUCUUUGACGUCAAUGGCACUCACCAGUAUACUGUGAGUUUAGUCACUGGCGAUUAUCUGUACAAUUUUAGCUACAGCAAUGACAAUGAUAUUACUGCUGUGACCGACAGUAACGGCAAUACCCUUAGGAUUAGACGGGACCCAAAUCGGAUGCCAGUUCGAGUGGUGUCUCCUGAUAACCAAGUGAUAUGGUUGACCAUAGGAACAAAUGGAUGUUUGAAAAGCAUGACCGCUCAAGGACUGGAAUUAGUUUUGUUUACUUACCAUGGCAACAGCGGCCUUUUAGCCACUAAAAGCGAUGAAACUGGAUGGACAACAUUUUUUGACUAUGACAGUGAAGGUCGUCUGACAAAUGUGACGUUUCCAACCGGAGUGGUCACAAACCUCCAUGGAGACAUGGACAAGGCUAUCACAGUGGACCUUGAGUCAUCCAGCCGAGAAGAAGGUGUCAGCAUCACUUCAAACCUGUCCUCCAUCGACUCAUUCUACACCGUGGUUCAAGAUCAGUUAAGAAACAGCUACCAGGUUGGUUACGACGGCUCCCUUCGAAUCCUGUACGCCAGUGGCCUGGAUUCACACUACCAAACAGAGCCACACGUUCUGGCCGGCACAGCUAACCCAACAGUUGCCAAAAGAAACAUGACUCUUCCUGGUGAAAACGGUCAGAAUUUGGUGGAAUGGAGAUUCCGAAAAGAGCAAGCCCAAGGCAAAGUCAAUGUCUUUGGUCGAAAGCUCAGGGUUAAUGGCAGAAACCUCCUUUCAGUUGACUUUGAUCGAACAACAAAGACAGAAAAGAUCUAUGAUGACCACCGUAAGUUCCUCCUGAGGAUCGCCUAUGACACCUCAGGGCAUCCGACUCUCUGGCUGCCAAGCAGCAAGCUGAUGGCCGUCAAUGUCACCUAUUCACCCACGGGUCAAGUGGCCAGCGUCCAGCGGGGAACUACGAGCGAGAAAGUAGAUUACGACGGACAGGGGAGAAUCGUUUCCCGGGUUUUUGCUGACGGGAAAACAUGGAGUUACACGUACUUGGAAAAGUCUAUGGUGCUUCUGCUGCAUAGCCAGCGGCAGUACAUCUUCGAGUACGACAUGUGGGACCAGCUGUCGGCCAUCACCAUGCCCAGCGUGGCUCGCCACACAAUGCAGACCAUCCGCUCCAUCGGCUAUUACCGUAACAUAUACAACCCCCCGGAGAGCAACGCCUCCGUCAUCACGGACUACAACGAGGGGGGGCUGCUUCUCCAGACGGCCUUCCUGGGUACGAGUCGGAGGGUCUUAUUCAAGUACAGGAGGCAGACCAGGCUCUCAGAGAUCUUAUACGAUAGCACGAGAGUCAGCUUUACCUACGAUGAAACUGCAGGAGUCCUCAAAACGGUAAACCUCCAGAGUGAUGGUUUUAUUUGCACCAUCAGAUACAGGCAAAUUGGGCCUCUCAUUGACAGGCAGAUCUUCCGCUUUAGUGAAGAUGGGAUGGUGAACGCGAGAUUCGACUACAGCUACGACAACAGCUUUCGGGUGACCAGCAUGCAGGGUGUCAUCAAUGAAACUCCGCUGCCCAUUGACCUCUAUCAGUUCGAUGACAUUUCCGGAAAAGUGGAGCAGUUUGGAAAAUUUGGAGUUAUAUAUUAUGAUAUUAACCAGAUCAUUUCCACAGCUGUAAUGACUUACACGAAGCACUUUGAUGCUCACGGCCGCAUCAAGGAAAUUCAGUAUGAGAUCUUCAGGUCACUCAUGUACUGGAUUACAAUUCAGUAUGAUAACAUGGGUCGGGUAACCAAGAGAGAGAUUAAAAUAGGGCCCUUCGCCAACACUACCAAGUACGCUUAUGAGUAUGAUGUUGACGGACAGCUCCAGACAGUUUAUCUGAAUGAAAAAAUUAUGUGGCGCUACAACUACGACCUGAACGGAAACCUCCAUUUACUGAACCCAAGUAACAGCGCACGCUUGACACCUCUUCGCUAUGACCUGCGGGACAGGAUCACCCGACUGGGUGAUGUUCAGUACCGGUUGGACGAAGAUGGUUUCCUGCGUCAGAGAGGCACAGAGAUCUUUGAGUACAGCUCCAAGGGGCUUCUGACCCGAGUGUACAGUAAAGGCAGCGGCUGGACAGUGAUCUAUCGUUACGACGGCCUGGGAAGGCGUGUGUCUAGCAAGACCAGUCUGGGACAGCACCUGCAGUUUUUUUACGCGGACCUCACUUAUCCCACCAGGAUUACUCACGUCUACAACCAUUCGAGUUCAGAGAUCACCUCCCUCUAUUACGAUCUCCAAGGACAUCUUUUUGCCAUGGAAAUCAGCAGCGGGGACGAAUUCUACAUCGCGUCAGACAACACAGGGACACCACUGGCUGUCUUCAGCAGCAACGGGCUUAUGCUCAAACAGAUUCAGUACACCGCAUACGGCGAAAUCUAUUUUGACUCCAACAUUGACUUUCAGCUGGUGAUUGGAUUUCAUGGUGGCUUGUAUGACCCACUCACAAAAUUAAUCCACUUUGGAGAAAGGGAUUAUGACAUUUUGGCAGGACGAUGGACAACGCCUGACAUAGAAAUCUGGAAAAGGAUUGGGAAGGACCCAGCUCCCUUUAACCUGUAUAUGUUUAGGAAUAACAACCCUGCAAGCAAAAUCCAUGAUGUGAAAGACUACAUCACAGAUGUUAACAGCUGGCUGGUGACUUUUGGCUUCCAUCUGCACAAUGCUAUUCCUGGGUUCCCGGUCCCCAAAUUUGAUUUAACGGAGCCUUCUUACGAACUGGUGAAGAGUCAGCAGUGGGAUGAUGUACCGCCCACGUUUGGAGUCCAGCAGCAGGUGGCGAGGCAGGCCAAGGCCUUCCUGUCCCUGGGCAGGAUGGCCGAGGUGCGGGGGAGCUCGCGCCAGGGCAGCGGCGCGCCGUCGUGGCUGUGGUUUGCGACGGUUAAGUCGCUGAUCGGCAAGGGCGUCAUGCUGGCCGUGAGCCGGGGCCGCGUGCAGACCAACGCGCUCAACAUCGCCGACGAGGACUGCAUCAAGGUGGCGGCCGUGCUCAACAGCGCCCUCUACCUGGAGGACCUGCACUUCACCGUCGAGGGCAGGGACACGCACCACUUCAUCAAGACCAGCACGCCCGAGGGCGACCUGGGCACGCUGCGCCUGACGAGCGGCCGCCGGGCGCUGGAGAACGGCAUCAACGUGACCGUGUCGCAGUCCACCGCCGUGGUCAACGGCAGGACCCGCAGGUUCGCGGACGUGGAGCUGCAGUUCGGCGCGCUGGCGCUGCAUGUGCGCUACGGCGCGACCCUGGACGAGGAGAGGGCGCGCGUGCUGGAGCAGGCGCGGCAGCGCGCGCUCGCCCGGGCCUGGGCGCGCGAGCAGCAGCGCGUGCGCGACGGCGAGGAGGGCGCGCGCCUCUGGACGGAGGGCGAGAAGCGGCAGCUGCUGAGCGCCGGCAGGGUGCAGGGCUACGACGGCUACUACGUGCUCUCGGUGGAGCAGUACCCCGAGCUGGCAGACAGCGCGGACAACAUCCAGUUCCUCCGCCAGAGCGAGAUCGGCCGCAGGUAACGCCCGAGCCGGCGGCGGGGAAGCGCGCGCGCGCGGGGGCCGAACCGGCGGGGCCGCCUGCCUCUCCAGCCCCAGGCGCAGCGCCACCCCCGCGCAGAUGUGUCUGGGGCGCGAGCCGAGGGGGCUCCCCGGCACCGAGGAGAGCCAGACUGCUCUUAAAAAAAAAAACCACCCCCCCAAUCAAAGCAGACAGACAAAAACAAAAACCUUUCUUCUGAAUGACCUUAAAGGUGAUCGGCUUUAAAGAAUAUGUUUACAUAUGCAUAUAGCUGCACUCAGUUGGACUGAAAGUAUUGCGAGGAAAACAGAUCAUUAAAGGAAAAAAAAAAAGCCCAACCAUUUUGCCCCGGGCCGUCUGUUCUUCGAGGCACUGUGUUUAAAGAAGGUAGAGAUGCAUACAGUGUUUCCAGAUAUUACCCAGCUGUCGACCUUUGCUUACAAGAAGUAGUCUCUCUGCAUAGGGUGUGAUGUAUAUCCCUGUUAAUGUUAGAAUGUGAGGCAGAGUUACUGUUCCUGGACAACCCGACUGCUUCCCCAGUGCUGCUUUGUAAAAGGACAUUGGCACAAGUGACUUCUGCCGGGGCGGGGAUCUCUAAGGGAUUCUACGAGGCCAACGUGGUGUGCCUCGCGGAGAAAAACACCGGCCCACACAGAAUCCUUGUCACUGAUGAUGAGCAAAGGAAGCCCUGAUUUUUUUGUAAAUUAUGUGAGACAAGUUGUUUAUGGAUUUUUAUAUGAAUUACAAUUUACUGUACAUCAAAUAUUAGUCUCAGAGGAGUUAAUUUAUGUAAAGUGUUUAAAAAGUUUAUACUUAAAAAUAAAACGAUAAAAACAUGUGAACUGUGUGAUUUUUUAAAAAGGAUUGCACCUUUUGUUAUCUGUUAUAGCUGUACAGUAUAAAUUAUUAUAUUGUAGAGAUAUAACGACUUAUGCCUAUAAUGUCCGGAAGUGUUAAUAUUUUUGUAUCAGGUUGAAAAAAAUGUGCCACCUUCUAUCGCUAGACCGGUAGGACAGUGCAGUCCUACGUGGGUGGCUGGCUCAUCAGAGAACUUCUCCUUUCUCUUCUCUUUUUCAUCAGGCCAGUGUCCUCGACCGUUAUCAGCUAAGAGGCACGGUAGAAAACUAAGGCUGGUGGAAUGUAACGGAAGAUACAAACACAAAAACAAACAAAAACAAAACAACAAAAACAACCAAAAUGGGGUGGGAGGAGUUCUCUGGCCCUCUCUCGGCCCUGGAAGUCCGUGGGGAGUUGGUGUCGUUAGCCCCAGGGUUCUACUGUUAGCGUUCCUUGAAGCCUCAUUUCGUGAUGGAGGCGAGAGACCCCGUCGGGUGCUCGGGAAACCUUUGUGAGCAGGAAAGGGGCUGAUGCAGUCGUGACCACAAACAUGUGUCUUCAGAUCCAGGGAAGCGAGCAGAAACCGAGCAGUGGUGAGAGAGCCAGAUGGGGAAGGUCAGGGUCCCUCGGCCGGUCUCGAGUUUGGACCCUCGGGUCACCAAGAGGGACAAGAAAGAGAGGCAAAAGCUGCCCUAAGCCCGCACGACCCAGCCUGCCCGGGAGCUGCUUUGAACGGCAGCCUCGGCUCUGUCUCGGGGACGCCGGGUGUGGCAGACGCCGCGGGAAAUGACCUGGCAGCCGGGCCCGCGCGCCCGCGCGCCGAGCACCUGCACUUCCGUGUGCCUCUGGCCGCUCUGGCACGUCUCUUUCGUGAGCACUCAAUUCAGCCACAAAAAUAUUUUCAGAAAACCUUUCUCAGUUCAUUGAGCUAUCGUACACGCUGUCUUCCUCUAUGUAUAAUGGUGAUAAAACAUAGCUAAGUGAACAUGUCGUACAUAUAAAGGUACAAGUGAUGUACUGGAGAUAACGUUCUAACUGCUUUGUAUCACAUACUCUAAAUUGCACAGUAGGCGUGUUGGCUGGGAAAGUUUCAAGAUAGCUACUGAGUGUCCAGUAUCAGUGCUAUCACCGUCUGUGUGUUUGGUAGCUACCGAAGUAAUUAAUCUGAUGAAUGCCGAUAUUUUAGUAGAAUGAAAGCACAGAGUAGCAGUACUAUUUUUUAUCCUGGAAAUCCUUUGGCGAGUAUUAUGAAGCCCAAAUUUAGAAAACUAUGAGAUUUCAAACCACAUAAACAUGGCUCUGUUCUACACUUUAUUUUCUACCUGUUGACAUAGGUGUUUGCAGCUCUGUUCCACGGCGUCUCUGCAGUGCUGCAUUUAGCAUGCUGUAAGUACUUUUGGUUGAAAGAGGCUCUGAGCCUAAAUUCUCCGAAGUGUUUCUAACGUACUGACCAUGGAAAGCUUGUACCACGUGACAGUAGUGGAGUCACAGCCUCACCCUCCUCCUGACGUGGACUCUGGUCCUUUACACUGGCACCGCUGAGUAACAGAUUUGGAGUAUCUCCUGGUGCUUAUUUUAGAUGAAGUCAAAUCAACCCAAUUAGUGUCUUGUUAGCGGGUAUAAUGAGCUAUUUCUUUGUCAAAAGACUUGUGAUCUGGACAUGGUUUUACGAGAAAUAGUGACCUUGGGGAAUAUGUAAACAAAAGACCUUUUUCUAAGAGUUGGCAGGGAGGUGGGGGACUGUGUAAUGAAAAGAAUUCGCUUACAAAAGAGAAAUGAAUAUUCAAAGUAUUUUAGGCGCAGCCAGUCAAAACGCUCUCGUGAUAUUUUGAGAUGUAACUUUGGUCUGAUUUGUACUGUUCUUCUCAUCCGCCUUCUUAACUUUAUAUGUGACCUGAUUCUCCAUGACUUGAUGACUAUAGACUGCAUCUAGGCAUUCCAAUAAAAGCCAACCCAACGUG